GUUCUGGGCGCAUGCCCCCAGCAGGCCCUUUUCCGGCAGCGAUUGUGAGCAAGUUGGUCGCGUCCGCUCCUCCGGGUCUGUCCAGACUUGCAACAUGAGCUGCUACAGUAAGGCGUCUGGUUUUAGCGACGGUAAUGGCUCCAGUAGUGAGGAGCAGGCCAGCCCUGGUAGCCCCGGAGCCCUGCAGGCUACUGGAAUAGGCUUGGACCAGGGUGAGGGCGAGGGCGGAGGUGCGAGCUGGGAGGAGGGCGGGCCCUCAAGCCCGCAGGUUCUCAACCCGCAGCUGGAGUUCAAGUCUGGGUGCCAGUCUGAGUCCAAACUGGGAAUGACACAGGCGGAAGCCGCAGCUCUCUGGGGCUGCAAGACUAAGCCACGGAAGCCCACCCCCGUGGGAGAGUGCUCUGCAAGUUCCGCAUUCCAGUUUGCUGCGGCGUAUGCAGCUGUUGUGCAAAUGCUGACCGACCCCAGUGCCGGGGCCUUGCACAGAUUCCUGAGUACAGGAAGUGGCGCCGCCGAAGAAGCGGCCGCCGUUUGUGCGCAUGUCGAGGUAGACCCCAGCAGCCGAGGCAUGCUGGGCCGGAGCAGUCUGGGAUCACUGCAGGCUUGUGCCACCGCCUCUCGUGCUCUUGGGGAAUUCCGGGUCCGGGGCCGCAGCAAGAGAAGAAGCGCCAGACGUCGCUUGAACAUUGGCACCGAUAGCCAUUGCUGCUUCGGAGAAGGCAUGGUGGGGCUGCCUCCUGACCCUGAGCCCUGCGAUGAGCUCUGGAAUGUGCAGCCCAUGAGGGUUCCAGCACAGAGAUCAGGGAUGCCUUGCUGUUGCAUGCAUCAUGGAGAAUUCAAAAGUCUAUACUUCAAUACCGAAAACUCACAAGUUCCAGAAAAUUCACAGCCUUUGAGUCUGAGCCAGGGAGGUGUCACACCUAGAGGCGCUGCACACUGGGGUGCCCCGGAACCACCUGUUCAUCCUCAGACACCAGAUAUGAAGAAAUUGCCACCUGGAAUGCAAAGGUGUCUUCAGAAGGAAGUAGACGACCUUAGAGAGCAACCAGAAGACAUUUCCACAUCGGAGUUGGAAUCCCUCACUGAGAAGUUCCAGAGGCUGUGAAGUUGAACUCAGCAUCUUCUAUUAGACAAGUAGCUACUACCUGUGGAGCCCAGGAGCUAUGGCCCAGGCGUUUCCCUCCAGUUCCUCUUCAGCCAGAGCCUCCUGUCUGCCCAAACACUUGUCUCCUUCCCUACCCCAGUUCACAGCAGUUUCAAGUUAGAGUAGCUUUCAUGUUCCGUGCUCUGCUGUCUCUGGGCGAGGGCGGUUGAAGAACUGCUCCGUGUCAGAGCAUGUUAGGAACAGUUCCUCUGUUUAGGUUGUGCUACAAUAAACACAUGUUUGAAUGGCAGUUUCCAGCAA